ACUGACAGAAGCUCCAUCCACUGAUGCUCAACAAAGCCUGAAACUUUCACAUACACCAGACAGCAUGAGAGCUUUGACUCCGACCGUGGCGGUGCUGUGGGUGAUAACAAUGCCCUGCCUGCAAGCAAUCCACGGACUGUAUAACUUCGGCCAGCAUGAACUAUACUACAAGAAGAACAACUGCAAGGCAAUCCCUGCAAAUCUCCUGCUUUGCCACGAUAUAGAGUACACGGAGAUGCGCCUCCCGAACCUGCUCGGACACGAAACCAUGAACGAAGUUCUGCAGCAAGCGUCGUCUUGGAUCCCGCUGGUCCAGAAACAGUGUCACCCGGACACGAGAAAGUUCCUCUGCUCUCUUUUCGCUCCGGUCUGUCUGGACGAUUUGGACGAGCCCAUACAGCCGUGCAGGUCUCUCUGUGAAAACGUCAAGCGCGGCUGCGCGCCCGUGAUGUCCGCCUUUGGCUUUCCGUGGCCAAAGAUGCUGGACUGCGAGCGCUUCCCACUCGACAAUGACCUGUGCAUACCGCCUGCAAGCAUCGACAGCUUUGCGCCAGCCACCAAAGAGGCGCCCAGGGUGUGUGAUGCUUGCAAGGAAACGGAUGAAAAUGACAACGAAAUUGUUGAGAACCUCUGCAAAAAUGACUUUGCUCUGAAAAUCAAAGUGAAGGAGAUCGCCUACAUCAACGGUGACACCAAAAUAGUGCCGGACACGAAGAGCAAGGCAAUCUACAUGGUGAACGGCGUGACGGAGCGAGACCUCAGGAAGACGGCGCUGUGGCUGAAGGACGGGCUGCAGUGUAUCUGCGAGGAGAUGGACGACAUCAACGCCGCAUACCUGGUCAUGGGCCAGAAGAUGGAUGGCCAUCUGGUCAUCACCUCGCUGAAGCGCUGGCAGAAGGGACAGCGCGAGUUUAAAAGGAUUUCACGCAGCGUCCGCAAGUUACAGUGCUAGGGAA